AAAUAAAGUAACCUCAUAUUGUCAAGAUGUCGCGCUCAACAUCUAAAGCCCAAGCUGACAAGGGUAAGACACCUGCUCGAAUUUCCCCACCGCCCUCCCAAGAACCAGAAGAGGAAGACAUUAUCCCCGGGUGUCUUACUCAGAGCCAAUGGAUGGAAAUGUUGGCCCAAGAAGAGGCGGAUGAUGUCAUAGGGGAAAUAAUGACCGAUCUGAUGACCAAUGUUAUGGAAGGCUGUUACAAUGUCCACAUUAAAAGACAGUUAUCAUCUUUCACUGCAUACUGGGCCAUGGAUUACUUCAUACAGACUGUGGAGCAGAAAUUCAUGUGUCGAGAUAAAUGGGAAGAUGCAAUGGAAUUGUCCGGAACAGAAGACUCAGAACCAAUACCAAUCACUCCAGAUGUAUGGGCGGAGGGUUGUUUUCCUGUUAUCCACGGAACACCUCCACCUGAGCCUGUGUCACCACCACAGGAAGCUAGUAUUUGCGAGGACCUUGAACUGGCAUAUUCUGAAGAAAAUCAGCAAGAUGUUCCCAUGCCACAAACCAGCAUCACUCCUGAGCCACCUCAAGGGAAAAUAGGCCCCAGCGGGCAUGUCGGUGAUGAGAAUUGCCAAGAACCAAGUCCUGAGCAACCUGAAGGGGAAAUAAGUCCAAGCCGGCAUGUCAAUGACGAGAUGUGCCAAGAACCAAGUCCUUGCCCCAAACCAAAAACUUCCACCAAGAAAAAACAAAAAGCCAGAAGUACUGUAUCAUGUGCAGCAGAAAAAACGGAAACCAAUGGUGAUAAUAAAGUCCCUUCUGGUUCUAAACAUACAGCAUCACAACCUUUAAAGGCGAAACAAACGAUAAGUAAGCUCAAUCAUUCUUCCUUGCCUCGACAUUGGAUCACUCCUCACUACGAGAUAGACAAAUGCACAAAAUCCAGCACAAAAAAAUCAGGUGAACAUUCCAAACCUGUGCCUAGUAGCCAGCAGACUGGUUUAGUAGGAACGUCGCGGAAUCCUGUGAGCCGAGAUCAGUCUGAGAGGUUGUCUUCCGUAAAGGAUGAGAAGAUGAUGGCUAGAGCGUUGAGGAUGGACACCAUCAAUUUGGCCAAAGGUGUUUCUCUUGUGGAGCCCCAUAAAACAAAAAUAAAACAGCUCCCAUUGAAAUCACAAGCUCACACUGCCAGGUUGAGGCCGAUAAACAGUGAGUCUGUGGAAACAAAUUUUCCUGUUGAUGAGUUGACAACAAAACGUCCACCUCAGGUUACCCAGUUGUUGCCGUCUGACAAAUUUAAAUUUUGAUAAAAUAAAAAUUCUUUGCUCAAA